GUACCGUCCCCUAAAACCUAGGCGCCAGCAAGACAAGUGUGGUCCUCAGAGCUCUUCAAAGUUCAAACCUUUUCAAUUUGUAGAGAGACAGACGCAAACACAGCUUCAACUUCAAGGAGCAAGCCGCAAGCCUUCUCUGCUGCGCCCCCCCUCUUUCUCCUUCUACCCUCUCAAAAAGCCGUUUCAACAGACCUAGGCGUUCUCCCCAGCGUUAUUUCAUGUCCGAGCUCGACGCACAGAUUGUUGGCGCUUUCGACCCCUUUGCGGAUGCGGCCGCCGAGGACUCGGCUGAGGCGUCCAAGGGCAAGGGCUAUGUCCAUGUCCGUGUGCAGCAGCGCAACGGCCGGAAGAGUCUGACCACGGUACAGGGCAUCUCUAAGAGCUUUGAUUACAAGCGCUUGCUCAAGGACUUCAAGAAGGAGUUCUCGUGCAACGGCACUGUGGUGGAGGACACUGAGCUGGGUACGGUUAUCCAGCUCCAGGGUGACCAGCGCAAGAAUGUGUCGCAGUUCCUUGUGUCGAACGGGAUCGUGAAGAAGGACGCCAUUAAGAUUCACGGGUUCUAAGUGGCCAAGGGAGGCGGGCCCUUGCUGCCCGCAUGUAGUUGUGAUGCGGGCCCGUCGCACUUGGGACGGGAAACUCGAAAACAUUGUGGGGUUUCAGCAAGGUGGGGAGUGGUUAGGGGAAGCGGUCCGGGUGCUAUUGGCGCCGCGGGAUGUGCAGUGGCGGGUCGGAAGAGGGGCGGACAAUAAGCAAUCUGUGCAUAAAAGGUGACAGUAGCAUUCAUUAACGUUAGAGAAUAUAAGGACCUUAACCGACAUGAUGGACCUUCGAUGGGGAAACAUUCAAGUGUGUUAUCUGCUCUGUUCUCAUAUGAACAUGCAUAUGUGAAAGGUUCUUGAGAUUGCAUGCCAUAAUAACUGC